AUAACGUUACACUCGUCUGCUUGGAGUGGAAGAAAGCUGGGAAAAUGGUCACUGCUGAAGGAUAUUGACAUUCCCUACCUGUAGCGUUGAGGAGAUGGGUCGGGACUCGGGUGAAGUCUGCGCUAACAGUUAUUUGAGUAACCGAAUGAACCAAAUAUGUGGAAACUGAUGCUGCUGCUAACACCUGUGUUUGUAGAUGAGAUUUGGAUGGCUGACUGGCUAUAUCACAAGAUCAGAACACUGCUGAUGUUGAAAGAAACGUCGACAACCGUGAAAAGAGACGUGACCAUGACAUGAGUGCAUCUGCCGACGGAAUGGAAACAAACUACAAUAUGAAGGAAACAACCAUGGACUGUUCAGGCCAUCGAGGACUGGUUAUUGUCCCGCAAGACUGAGCUUGAACCACCAGAGGCUUCUGUUUCAAUAGGGGACACGAUUGCUCAAAAAUUUUUUUAUUACUAGCCCGAAUCACUAUGUGAUGCCCAAUAUGUUCGGUUCGCUUUGACACAUUCAAUAAUAGGUUCCUUUUCUCUUCUGUGGAUUUUUUUCUUUCUUGGAUACAUGCAGAGCUGCAGCUGAACCAUUUUUUCCCAACGGGUGAUACUUUAAUAUAUUUUCCUUCAAGAUGUUUUCUGCGCUAAAGAAACUGGUUGGUUCAGAACCCGGCCUGUUGCGGGAUAAGAACAUCCCUGCGGGCCUCCAGUCCAUGAACCAAAGCUUGCAGAGACGAUUCGCCAAGGGUGUCCAAUACAACAUGAAGAUAGUGAUCCGUGGGGACAGGAACACGGGAAAGAGCGCACUCUGGCACCGCCUCCAGGGGAAGAGGUUCCUGGAGGAGUACGUCCCCACACAGGAGAUCCAGGUCACCAGCAUCCACUGGAACUACAAAACGACUGAUGAUGUGGUGAAGGUGGAGGUCUGGGAUGUUGUCGAUAAAGGCAGAGGGAAGAAACGGGGCGGGAGCCUGAAACUGGAGAACGAGCCUCAGGAGACCGAAGAGCCUGAAAUGGCCCUGGAUGCCGAGUUUCUGGACGUCUACAAGAACUGCAAUGGGGUGAUCAUGGUCUUCGACAUCACUAAACAGUGGACAUUUGACUACAUCCUGCGGGAGCUGGCCAAGGUGCCCGCCCACAUGCCCGUGUGCGUUCUGGGUAACCAGAGGGACCAGGGCGAGCACCGCGUCAUCCUGCCGGAUGACAUCCGCGACUUCAUCUCCGGCCUCAACAGACCUAUGGGGUCAUCCUACAUUCACUACGCAGAGUCUUCCAUGAAGAACGGCUUUGGACUUAAGUACCUGCACAGGUUCUUUAACAUCCCCUUCCUGCAGCUACAGAGGGAGACGCUCCUGCAGCAGAUCGAGACCAAUCAGCUGGACAUUAACGCUACACUGGAGGAGCUGACUGUCCAACACGAGACCGAGGACCAGAACUACGACAUUUUCCUGGAGAAGGCGGAGGCCCGUAGGAAAAGCUACUCCUUCCCAGGCCCCCCUAAUGGACAGAGCCCCUCCUCAGGAUCCCAGUCCCCCAUCGUUCCGCCCGGCGGGGCCUCCAGCCCCAGCGCCCCACAGCCGCCCCUGUUCCCCGCCGCCCCAGCAGGGCCCCCUGUGGUGCAGGCCCCGCCCCAACACCCCGAGCACUGCCCCCCUCCCGCCCCCACGCCACCUACCGCCCAGGCUUCAGCCUCCGCCGCCCAGCCCCAAAAACGCGGCCUCAUGUCUCGCUUCUUCGGGGCAACCUCCACCCCCGAGACCCCAACAGAGGCGUCUGGGUCCCUGGCCCCACAGGGCCCCCAGAGAGUGCAGACUGUGGAUGACUUUGUGCCGGACCUUGCCCUCGACCAGAACUUCCUGAACCACGGGCCCGGGAGCGUGGCGAAGGCAAAGGGUCGGGCCCAGGCAGCGGCUGCCGUGGACACUGACAGUGACGGAGAGAGCAGAGGGGGGAACCCCAUGGUAAUGGGUUUCCAGGAUGACUUGGACCCCGAUGACGAGGCCCCGCCCAAGCCGUUGCCCUCGGCAGCAGCCCCCAGCGCCGGGGUCACGCUCUCCAGCGACGAGGACGACGCACGGCCAGCCCCGCCUCGGUCACCUGACCUGCACAACGCACCUCACUCCCAACGAGCGAGGGUGCAGACUGGGCCCAGGCCAGCGGGGAGGGGGCCGGCGGCCACGCCCCGGGGGAGAGACUCUGGGUCUGUCCACGCACAGAAGAAGGGAGGGGCUGUCACUCCGCGGCCGGAGACAUCGUCGGACUCCGACUCCGAGGCCCCUCCCCCCGCGCAGAUGCUGUCCUUCGUCAUGGAUGACCCCGAGAUCCAGGGCUCAAACCAACCCAAGGGCCCAAAGGUGACCUUCCCGGUACGAGACGCCCUACCUGACCUUUCAGACGAGGAUCCCCCCCCCAUCUGGGCUCCCGCUCCCCUGAGACCCUCCGCUGUGUCCUCCAGCAGCCGGGACCACUUCGACCUGUUCGGGCUGGGCCUCCAGGACUCCACGGCCAAGGACCGAGACAGCAGCGGGGAGCAGGAAGAUAAAGAAAGCAAACACUCUGCAAAAGAGAAGAAGAAAAAGAAGAAAAGUAAAACGGAAGAAGAUGGCAAAAAACGACACAAGCACAGAAAGAAGGAUGGAGACGAUGCGGGGUCUGGAGACGAGAAGGAAAAAAAGAAAGAGAAGAGAAAAUCGAGGACCAAGAAAGCCAGGGAAGUGGACGAGCUGGAGGCCUUCCUGGCCUGAGGGGAGAGCCUGCAGCCGCAGAGUUCCUGCAAUCCAACUGGAGCACGAGCAGUGGGCGGAGAGCAGGGCACUUUCAGACGCAGACUUGGCCAAUCAUUGGCGAGAUGAGCUUUGCUCUGGGUUUCCUUUCUCCUCCCCCGACUGUGUGGUGCCUGUGUGGGUUAUUGCUAUUUUAAUUUGUUUUAUUUAUAAUUUUUUUCUGAGUGGUUUCGCAGGCAUGGAGCCGUUUCUGGUGUGUGCGUGUGUUUUCUUUCUCAUUACUACCCACUACUCAUUACCCCCCCCCCCCGAGGGACCACGUUUUCCUCCAAUCUUAACUGGAUGUGUGUGACUUCAGAUAGCCCGUGUGAAUUAGGGAUACAAUAUUUUAUGGACCGUGGAAGAUUAACUCAUUAGCUAAGAGUUAUUGUUGGAAAUGUUUACUUUCCCAUUAGGGAUGAAACUAUCUGUAUUUGAUUUAAGAGUGUAAAUUAACAGUUUCAAUGGUCGGUUUCUGCAUUUCUCUUCACAGGUUGGCUAAAGUGAUCUACGUAGCUGUUACAAAAUAUCAGACUAAAAAUGGAGUCCGAUUUUACAGCAGUGUGUUUUAUGAUAUACUUGGGACUGUUAUACACUACUUCUGAAAGCUGAAUUGCACAUUUCUGUUUCACUUAAGGUACGCCACUACUGUGUGUGUGCGUGUCUGUAUUUGGUUGCCGUAACCUGUAUUUCUGAACCCGCCCGUUUUGGAAGAGUGGGAAACGGAUGGCAGAAGGUAAGGCGGUCCCGUUGGUUCUGUGGCGUUUCCUUUUCCUGUACCUCGGGGACUAUGCACCAGUGUCCCUUAAUCUACACCUUCGCUGCUGCAACUGCGCUGCUUUGGUAGGUACACGGUACUGCGCGUUGCCUUUAAAAACAUUGGUCUUUCAGACUAGACCAAGAUGCUUUGUAUAACAAAUUAAAUAAGACCUCUGAUGUGAUUCUGUGUUCAAAAAUCUCAUCUCUAAUAAACGCAGCUGAUUUUAAACUGGAUUUUUAAACUACUGUCAGUCCUAUGCCUACAUUCCCUGCCUUUCCAAGUGUGUAGAACAGUGAUCUGCUACCUGAUUUCUUAAGGGCAAUGUGGUUUUCUGGAAAACUGGAAAAAUUGUGCAAUCUUCAAAAGACGCCCCAUUACAGGUGUAGGGUGUUAUGUUUUUGAAGUUUUAUCCAAAGAACUUUUGAGGAUCUGUAAUUACAUAUAAUGAACAGCAUGCAUUAUAUCUAUGAUUAUUAACGGUACAUAGACUGCUUUAUACUUAUAUGAAAAUGAUGUUAAUGAGCAAUAUAGUGAAAGGGGUUUUAUAGAUUAAACAUUAAAGUAUUUUUUUAGAUUAAAGUCUUUUUUCCAGUGCAUCAGUGUCAGUAUACCUCUGCCUAUGCUUUAGGCAAACACAAAUAGCCUGUAGCCUUUUUCCCCCCAUGUAAGGGAAUUGCUAGGUUUAGCAUGCAGAUAUUGAAUUGUGCAAUUGUAUGGUUAUUUUAAGAGCUAUGUCAUCACUAUGGGCCAGCCUGCCAAUGUCGUACAAAAAGGCUUGCCAUGAGUUUGUUCUUUUCUCGGUAGGUUGGGAUGAGUUAAUCUUGAUAAUUGGUGCAUCAGUGUUCGUUUGUUGUGAAGAACCGUAUCUUCUGAACUGUACCCCUGCAAUGGCUCCUUUCAAAUACGGGUGGAUUUGCUCUCAUUAGUGCAGUGUUGUGUCCCUGUGCUGGUCAUGUUCAAUUUAAUUUGCUGCGUGUCCUGUUACACAAAAUGAAGUGACCAUUAAAGGACUCCUUUACGUUAAGGUUAUAA